UGCAAUAUGUUUACAUCGCACACGAGCACAAAGUUGGCAUUGGAAUACAAGUUUAUUCAGAUCGCUAUAUUUCAGUCGAUUCGAGAACGUUCGUUAAUCAGGAGAUUGUUGCUUUAUUAAAUACCACAAGCUACUGUUAGUUCGUCUUCAAGCGAUGCCUGUAACUUUUUAUGAUCAGCCUAAUCUUGCACAGGGAAAGGUUUAUGUUGAUCCGGUGUUUCGGUAUGAUUCGUCCGCUCGGCUGUUAGGACGCGAACAAUAUCAGGAUAGCCCCGAUAAAAUCCGUUUGGCGACAAAAACCGACUCGCGUGUUAGCACACCGGUCUCGGAAUACAAUCGGGCUUUCGCUCGCUGCGGCACUCCUCAAGAUGUCGUUGACAAUAACGCUAUGUCGACAAAUGCAUGCGAAGGCGACCAGGCAUUUCAUGAGAUGACAACAGGCAGUUUGCAAGAUAACAACGUCAGUUUUCGGACAGAAGAUACAUCUCGAUUAACGAGUCAACAGUGGGAGGUUGAAAAUCCAACUCACGUGCGAGAGGACAUUCGAUUAAGAGACUAUCUUGCGAAUAAAGCAUUUUACACCACUUCUACACAAAAGCUUUACCAAGGUGUCGACUGGCACAAAAGGAUAAAUCGGUCACCUGCUCCUCCUAAAACUAGCAAAGAGUUGAAUGCAGACACGGUGUCCCAUCGAUAUGAAUUAAAACGUUAUGAACCUAGGAACGAAAAGUGGCAGGUAAUUGGAAGCAGACCGUUUUCGUGGGAUUAUAAUCAAACAAGGGACGGACACCACGCACCUGGACCAGUCAGUUUCUGUUCGCCACAUAGGAAGAUUGCUCAUUUGCCAGGAUACAUGGGUUAUGUGAGUGGCGGUCCUGGGGAAAUGGAUGAUCCAAAGUCUUCGUUCUAUUCAUCGAACAAACAACGAACAUUAAAACCGAGAUACACUUACACUGCCAGAAAAGGCAAUAUUCCAGGGUACGCGGGUUGUGUACUGUUUUACGACCACACACCAGCUUGUGUCAACGAUCCUGAGCAUCUGAGGAGCACAACCGCGAACACAUACAGACCACACGAGGAAGGACAGUGUAACAGCAAAUCACCGUACAAGAAAUCGGCGCCCAUGUCACGAAUGGUUACACUAACUCGUCCGUUCAACCCUUUCAACCAAGUGUAUUAAGUGUUCGAUCAUCAUGAUUAUGUGUGUUUUUCUGAGUGUGCAUCGAGGCUCACUUGAAAAUGGGUACAACAGAACAUCAGUUUCACUGAUAAACACAUUUUGUUCCUUAAGUCACCGCUGUGCCAAGCUUUGUCGCUAUAGUAAAAAUUUUGGUACACUCCAUGUGAAAUAAUUGACCAAAUAUAU